AGAAACACUCGAACAAAAACUGCAAAAAGUCAAUAAGGGCAAGCUCUACACAUACCUUUUGGCAGCCAUUCUUGAGGACUCCUCCCCCCAGCAAAACGAUACACGGUUACUCCAGCGAUUCUUUCUUCGUUAGGCAUCGAUAUACAUAUUUAUAUCAUUCUCUACCAAUAUUCCUGUUCUAAGAGGCUCCGGUGUUGUUAUCUCUCUGGAAAACGACUUGGGAAUUCGGAAUUCUAGUCCUGCGUGGUUUGUUGUCUCGUUUUGCUGCAAAAUUGUGCGCUUGUUGGAUCGGUGGUGUGUUGGAAAUUGGCAGAAGAGGUAGAUGUUGACUGGGAGAGAAAGGAGGUGAGGUAGGGCUGAAUUAUAUGGAUAAUUUCUGUUGCUUCAAUUCUCAGGUUGGAGGACGUUCUUCAUGUAGCUCUGGCAAGGGCAAGAGCCAUCAGGGCCCUGUCAAGUAUGGCUUUAGCCUAGUUAAAGGGAAAGCAAAUCAUCCCAUGGAGGAUUACCAUGUUGCAAAGUUUGUUCACGACCAAGGACAUGAGCUUGGACUUUUUGCUAUAUAUGAUGGGCAUUUGGGAGAUAGCGUACCAGCCUAUCUACAAAAGCAUCUGUUUCCUAAUAUCUUAAAGGAUGAGGAGUUUUGGAUUGAUCCCAGCAGGUCCAUUUCUAAAGCCUAUGAGAGAACAGACCAGGCUAUUCUCUCACACAGUCCUGACUUGGGGCGAGGUGGAUCCACUGCAGUCACUGCAAUUCUAUUAAAUGGUCGGAAGUUAUGGAUAGCAAAUGUUGGAGAUUCACGUGGAGUUCUUUCCAAAAGGGGGCAGGCAAUACAGAUGACCACCGAUCAUGAGCCCAACACUGAGCGGGGCAGCAUCGAGAAUAGAGGGGGCUUUGUCUCAAACAUGCCAGGAGAUGUUGCAAGAGUGAACGGCCAGCUAGCAGUUUCUCGAGCUUUUGGAGACAAGAACCUCAAAUCACAUUUACGAUCUGAUCCCGAUAUACAACAUGCUGAUAUCGACCCGGAGACUGAUUUUCUCAUACUUGCAAGUGAUGGUUUAUGGAAGGUCGUGGCUAAUCAAGAGGCAGUUGAUAUUGCAAAAAAGACGAAGGACCCACAGAAGGCAGCCAAGCUACUAGCUGCCGAGGCAUUGAAGAGGGAGAGUAAGGAUGACAUCUCCUGCAUCGUAGUCCGUUUCAAGGCGUAAAAUAUAAUUAAAAAUUACUCUGUAGAUUCCAGAAUUUGUACAUCGAGGAUUUUCAAGAUGGAUGCAGCUCUAUAGGCCAACACCAGUGCGGAAAUCUCAUGAAAUCCCACAUAAGUUCGGAAUUGCUUUAAAAUAGGUGGUUAUUUAUCCCUUUUCCUCUGUAUAAAUUUCUUGUGUUUAGGGUUGUGUGAUUUGAUAUUUCAUUUCUUUGAUGUGUAGAUUAGUACCAUUAUUUUUCUUUGUAAUUUGCAUUGUAACUUAAAAAGCAGCGUGGAGGCUGCCAUAAAUUUAUAUACAGAACAACAACUGCAUGGGAUGUAUGCAAUUUUUACAAUGAACAAAGAAUGUAUUAUAACC